UCCUCUCAGCGCAUGCGCCUCUCUUCCCCAGCAGCCCGCCCCUGUGACGUCACAGCGCAUGCUUGCCCAGGCACCGCCCAGUUUCAGUUGCGCCGCUGUGUCCCCGCCUCCUCCACCGAGUGAAUGUGACCGGCAGAGGCGCCUCACCGCCCGCACCCCACCUCCGGAGCCCCGUCCCGUCCUCCCGCCCCCCGGCUCCCGGCAUCGUCUCCUCAGCUGUGCUAGCAUUCAAACAAUAACAGGCGGUGCGCUUGUGGAGGGAGGAGAGGCCGGCAGCGGGGCGCUGAGGAGGGGGCGGCAUGGCAGCCAGCUUCGGCAAAAUACAGAUCGGCAUCUAUGUGGAGAUCAAGAGGAGCGAUGCUGGUAUCAUGUCUAAUACCGAUGUCAUCAGGCACUGAGUUGACAGGUCGGAUACACCAAGCAAUGGUAACCUCUCUAAAUGAAGAUAGUGAAAGCAUCACUGUUGAAUGGAUUGAGAAUGGAGAUACGAAAGGAAAAGAGAUUGAUUUGGAAAGUAUAUUUUCACUUAAUGCUGACCUGGCUCCUGAUGAAGAAAUUGAACUGGGCCCUGAGAUUCCACCUCCUCCUACCCCCACAACAAAAGUGAACAAGGUUGUAAAGAACCGGCGUACUGUAGCCCCAGCCAAGAAUGAAACGCCUGCAAGGGACAAUAGAGCAGUGGGUUCAGCCCGGCCACGGCCAAGCCAGCCUCCAGAGCCGCCAGCCUCUGCACAGCAGAAUGGUAGUGUUUCAGAUAUAUCUCCAGAUCAGCCUGGAAAAAAGGACUUUGGCCCUCCUUCUCGGAGGAAAUCUAACUGUGUGAAAGAAGUAGAAAAGUUGCAGGAGAAGCGUGAGAGAAGACGGAUACAACAGCAAGAACUGCGAGAGAAGCGAGCGCUGGAUUUUGAUGCCACAAAUCCAAACUAUGAAAUAAUGUGUAUGAUAAAAGAUUUCAGGGGAAGUUUGGACUACCGGCCUUUAACUACAGCAGAUACCAUUGAUGAGCAUCGGAUAUGUGUAUGUGUUAGAAAACGUCCACUAAAUAAGAAAGAGAACACCAUAAAAGACCUUGAUGUCAUUACAAUUCCCAGCAAAGAUGUAGUAAUGGUGCAUGAACCCAAACAAAAAGUGGACCUUACAAGAUUUUUAGAAAACCAAACUUUUCGUUUUGACUAUGCCUUUGAUGAAUCUGCGCCAAAUGAAAUGGUCUACAGAUUUACUGCGCGACCUCUUGUAGAAACCAUCUUUGAAAGGGGGAUGGCCACUUGCUUUGCAUAUGGACAAACUGGAAGUGGGAAAACUCACACCAUGGGUGGAGACUUUUCUGGGAAGAAUCAAGACUGUUCAAAAGGAAUAUAUGCACUCGCAGCACGAGAUGUAUUUCAAAUGCUGAAGAAACCAAAUUAUAAAAAACUAGAACUUCAAGUAUAUGCUACAUUUUUUGAGAUUUAUAGUGGUAAGGUGUUUGACUUGUUGAACCGGAAAACUAAAUUACGGGUCCUUGAGGAUGGCAAACAGCAAGUGCAGGUGGUCGGACUGCAGGAACGAGAGGUGAAAUGUGUAGAAGACGUCCUGAAACUCAUCGAAAUUGGCAACAGCUGCCGGACGUCUGGUCAGACAUCUGCUAAUGCACACUCCUCUAGAAGCCAUGCUGUGUUCCAGAUAAUUUUACGGAAAAAAGGAAAGUUACAUGGUAAAUUCUCUCUCAUUGAUUUGGCGGGAAACGAAAGAGGAGCAGACACAUCCAGCGCAGACAGACAAACGCGGCUCGAAGGGGCUGAGAUAAACAAAAGUUUACUAGCUCUUAAGGAGUGCAUUCGUGCGCUAGGGAGAAAUAAGCCGCACACCCCGUUUAGGGCCAGUAAACUGACACAAGUUCUGCGGGACUCUUUUAUUGGGGAAAACUCUCGUACCUGCAUGAUUGCUACCAUCUCUCCCGGAAUGGCAUCUUGUGAAAAUACUUUAAACACUUUAAGAUACGCAAACAGAGUAAAGGAAUUUGGGAUUAGUCCGUCGGAUAUUCCCUUCUCUCAGGGUAGCGGAAGUCGCUCUGACCUCUCUCCUUCCUAUGAGUAUGAUGAUGACUUCUCCCCUACACUCACCAGAGUUAAAGAACUGACCGUAGAUCCCAGUGCUGCUGGAGACCUCCGCCCAAUGUUGCAUCAUGCGCCUAAUCAGCUUGAUGACUUGGAGUCGCUGUGGGGAGUGGGCAGCUCUCCUCAGAGAGAUGACCUCAAACUGUUAUGUGAACAAAAUGAGGAAGAAGUUUCUCCGCAGCUCUUCACGUUUCAUGAAGCAGUGUCACAAAUGGUGGAGAUGGAGGAACAGGUAGUAGAAGACCACAGAGCUGUGUUUCAGGAGUCUAUAAGGUGGCUUGAAGAUGAGAAAGCUCUAUUAGAGAUGACUGAAGAGGUGGACUAUGAUGUGGACACCUACGCUACACAGCUUGAAUUAAUCCUGGAUCAGAAAAUUGACAUCCUGACUGAAUUACGUGAUAAAGUGAAGUCGUUCCGAUCUGCUUUACAAGAGGAGGAGCAGGCCAGCAAACAAAUAAAUCCCAAGAGGCCUCGAGCUUUUUAAAGGAAGGCGUCGAUGAAGGAUCACUUUAAAAAGAACUUUCUACUGUAAAAUAGAAUUAUUAUUAUUAUUAAACUGUGGCCGUAAGAACCCAAUUACUUGAAACUUUGAGUAAACUUUUAUAAUGUCAGUGGAGAUGUCCUCCUCUUUCACUUGAAUGGAUAACUGUUUUGGGCUAACCACUACACUGACGAUGAGACAAGCUUCACAUCCGAACGGCACAAACUUAUCGGUAGGGACUGCGAGGCACUUUGUCCAAAUUACUUCAUUCAAUCAUGUCUUAUUUUCCAAACGUCUGUUUUUCUAAUUUUUUUCCCUUUUUCUUGUUUUUUAUUUUAUUUUUUAAAUAAAUAAGUUUAAAACUGUGUACUGGAAGGUAUACGCCAUUUUUUCUAUUUUUAAUACAAGAUUCCGUUUUUGCUGCAAGAUGAGACAUUCUGAUUUUAAGUUCCAUGCAUGACUGCCUAUCCAUCUGUAAUUGUACAGGUACAAAUGUUACAGGGGUGAGCUGUGCACACCCCCGUGUGUCUUUAUUGAUCAUACACCCUUUUUAAUUAUGCGCAGCCUUAACUUAAUAAAAUAAAAAUAUUCUUUGUUUGUCAAUGUAAAAUAA